UCAAUGUCACUUCCAUUUCGGGCAACCAACCUCUAAGGCAUUUUAUGUAUAAAUUUUUAAAAUUUAAAAACCAAAGAAGUCAGUCAUAGACAUAGAGAGAGCUUCGCAAGAGCAAUCAAAGAUGAAGAAUUCUUGCCUUCUCUUAUGCAUUGUCAUCUUCAUUUGCAUGGAAUAUAUCUGCUUAGCAGAUUUUGAUAAUCUCCAGGACACUUGCCCAACGGCUACACAAGCAAAACAAACAGUCUUCAUCAAUGGCUUCAAUUGCAAGAAUCCAGCCAACAUCGCUUCUUCUGAUUUCAAGACUUCAAAGUUGAACCACACCGGCAAUACAGACAACAUUUUUCGUUCCGCGGUAACCAUUGCCACUGCAGCAGAUUUUCCUGGCCUGAAUACUCUUGGCCUCUCAAUUGCUAGAACUGAUAUAGAAAUGGAUGGCCUGGUAUUGGCUCAUUCCCACCCCAGGGCUUCUGAGAUGUUCUUUGUCAGCAAAGGUAAUGUUGUUGCCGGUUUCAUUGAUACCAGAAACAAAGUUUUCCAAAUUGGUUUGAAGGAAGGUGAUGUGUUUGUGUUUCCCCGGGGUCUGCUCCACUUUUGCUUUAAUUCUGGCUUUGAACCUGCUACUGUUUUCUCAGUGCUUAACAGCCAGAAUCCGGGGGUGGUGACCCUUACUGGUGCCAUGUUCGGACCUGAUUCAGAUAAUGUAUUAGACAAGCUAGUGAGGCAACUAAUCUCUCUUUCUGGAUCCAAGCUUAACGGCGUUGGAAAUAUGACUCUGGCCGGGUUUUCAAUCAUGUAGUUAGCAAUUUCAAAAAUAUUACUCUACCAUCUUUACAUGUGAUGUGAGAUAACAAUAGUUUUAUUUUGUGUUUAACUUUUACAGUUAUCUCCUGUGUUCAAAUUUUAACAAUAAAGUGGAUACUGUGUAAAAGAUUUCUGUUAUUACUAGCAUGAAGUUGUGGGCAAUGUAAUUGCAAUAAUUAUCACAAGGAUUAGGAUU